AUGCCUAAAAAUGCGCGAUUAGUCGCGUUUCCUGAUCGUCCUGAGCAAGUACUGUAUCCGGGUGCUCAUAUUGCCACAGGUGACCAGGGUGCUGGAAGCUACUAUCAUCAUGGGAUUGUCCUUGAAACUGAAGGUGAAAUGCUGAUAGCACAUUUCUGGGGACCUGGCGAACAGGAAACUGCUCAAAUUCAAACGACCACGCUCACUUGUUUUCUUGCCGACGGUCCUGACUUUAUCGUAAACAACAUGGAUAAUACGAAACGAAAAUUAACAUCGAUCGAAUCAUCUGAAGAAAAUUCAAAAAAGUCACGAAAUCAAUUAGUAAAUUCUUUAGAAAAUUUGUCGAAUGAUCUCUUCUAUGAAAUAUAUGAUUAUCUUGAAGGUUUGGAUAUUUGUGUAGCAUUUUCAAAUCUUAAUGCUCGUUUUCAACAAUUAAUUACAUGUUCAACGAACCGAUAUAAAAUAAUUCUUAAUUAUUCAACAACACAAAAAUUAUUUUGGAAUUAUUCAAAGGAAAUCAAACAUCAAAUUUAUUCAAUUUCCUUUCAAUCACCAAAAACUUCUAUAAAUGAAUUUUUUCCAAUUGAUUAUUCAUAUAAUAAUCUUCAAUCAAUAUUUAUUGAAGAUAUUAAAAAAAAUCAACUUAUAUUAUUACUUAAUUAUUUACGUGAUUUAGCUUGUCUUUAUUUAUUAAAUAUCAAAUCAGGUGAUUCAUUUGAAGAUUUAAAUGAAAUUUAUCAAUUAAUAUUUUCAUUACCAAAACUAAAAUCGAACAAACUUAGUUUAUAUGGAGAUGAACAUACCAUAUCAAUUCCAAUAUCAAAUAAUCAACAAUUAAGUCCUAUUACAUAUCUUCAAAUCGCUCAUUCGUAUACAUUUGAUGAACUAUCUGCAUUACUAUCUUAUACACCUUCACUUCGUCAUCUUAAUCUUUCACAUUCAAGUAAAUACGAUUCAGAUAUCGAAGAUAUUUCACCAAUGAACUUGAAUGAACUCAUUCAUUUAUCAAUAUUUUCAAGUGAUUUAGACUUCGAUGAAUUUCAAUUUUUUAUUGAACUCAUUCAUUCAAACUUACAAAUUCUCCAUGUGAGUUUUUUAAAACGAGAUAUUCGUUUUCUGCAUGCUCAUCGUUGGCAAAAAUUACUUUUAGAAAAUUUUUCACAAUUAGAAAAAUUUUCAUUAUGUUAUCGUGAACCGGGAUAUGGUGAUAAUUAUCCGAUUUAUGAUGGAGAAUUAAAUCAAUUCGUUUCACCAUUUUGGAUUCAACGAAAUUUAAUUUUCGAUAUUGAAAUUUGGGAAUACCGUAUUUAUUAUUUUGUUCGUCCAUUCAAAAAGAGAUGGUAUGAGUAUUCUAUUGAACAUUCAAAACUAGCUCAAUUGACAAUAAAAUAUGUUUAUUGUAAUGAACUUCCUGAUAUUUUAUUAAAUCAAAUAAAACGUGUUUUGAAUUUCACUCAAAUUUAUCAUUUAAAUAUUGAACAAAAAAUUUCUACUGAAAAUUUAAUGCAAAUAAUUCAUUUAUUACCUGAUCUUAUUUCAUUAAAAAUCAUUGCUUUAUUUUAUUAUGAAUCAAUACUUCAAUUUGGAGAUCAUGAAUUUCCUACAACAUCUGCAUUAGAACAUGCUAGUAAUAUAAAAUAUGUUUGUUUGGAGAUGACAUUUACAAUGGAUGAUAUUUCAUUUCUUAUGUCAUUUUGUCCUCAUAUGGAAUAUCUUAAUGUUGAAUGUAUUGAAAAUAUGAAUAUUCAAUCAUUUUUACGUGAGAUUUUAAAUAAAAUCAAUCGAAAUCAUCAUAAAUAUUUGCAUGAAUUAUGUAUUUAUAUAAUAACAGCAGAUGAACAAAUGAUAAAACAGUUAAAACAAAUGAUUGAUGAUGAAAAACUUUUAUUAAAUUAUACAAUUUAUCGACAACUUUAUAAUAUUUACUUAAAAUGGAAAUGA